CAGACCCGCUUGGCAUCGAUCCGCGCUCUCCCCUUUAUCGCCAAAACCAUCGGCCCCGUGCGCACUCGUGAUGAGCUUGUACCCUAUCUGCUCGAAACCAUUGAUGAUGAAGACGAAGCAAUUGCGCAGCUGGCCCUCGAAGCCGGGGCCCUCACCGAGUUUGUUGGUGAUGUCGAGUGUGUUGAAUCUCUCCUACCCCUGUUCGAGGAGCUGGCCUCUUCAGAAGAAGCCGUCAUUCGCGAACGCGCGGCAACGGGCUUGAACAAGAUUGCUGGCCUUCUGACCUCGAAUGCGCUCUACGUCAGCUAUAUUCCUCUGGUUGACCGCUUGACCACCGCACAUUGGCCCGCGCAGCGUACCACGGCUUGCGCUCUUUAUCCUACCCUUUAUACAGCAGUCACAGAUGAAGGCUUCAAGCAAAACGUCAUUAUGGCCUAUGCUGACCUGUGCCGCGACAACACACCCAUGGUCCGCCGGGCCGCCGCGACCUACCUCAAGGAAAUGCUCAAAUGUUGCUCGGCAGCCACGGCACUCGAGCAGCUGCGCCCCCUCUUCUCACAGUUUAUGGAGGAUGCGCAAGAUUCGGUCCGCUUGUUGGCUGUUGGGCUUCUGCCCGAGUUGGCCCGCUCCCUCCCAGCCAGCCAGCACGCUACGAUCAUUGUACAAAGCUGUGUAAAGUCAUUCAAGGAUGACUCGUGGCGAGUUCGUUACAUGUUGGCCGAUGUGAUCACUGAGCUGCAGAGCGUCCUGUCCUCUGAGCUCUCAGACCAACACCUCCUGCCCGCGUUUGUCAACCUUCUGAACGACUCGGAGCCCGAAGUUCGCACGUGUGCCGCCCGUCAGGUGCACGCGUUCAGCUUGCAUCUGGGAACCACCAACCGUGUCAACAACGUGCUCAAGCACAUUCUGCCUUCGGUGGAGCGCCUUGUCUCUGAUGAGUCCGACUACUGCCGUGCGGCCAUUGCUACCGUUAUCAUGGGACUGUCCAGCAUCGUCGGCAAGGAUUAUACAAUUGAGCUGCUGUUGCCCCAGUUCCUUGCCUUGCUGAAGGACUCGCAUGCGGCGGUGCGCUCAUAUGUGUGUGUGUGUGUGUGUGUGUAUGUGUGCCGUGUUGCUUACCUCAAUCAUUGGUCUUCGGUAGUUUACGCUGUGCGUCGGGCCGCCAUCGACUGCCUUUGCAAGCUGACCAAGGAGUUUGGUUCACAGUGGUGUAGCAAGGCCAUCAUGGGCCCCCUUAAGGAGCUGGCACAGGAUUCGCACUUUAGCCAUCGUUUAACUUCCCUUUUUGCGUGCGCUGACCUCUCGGGUGUGUGCGAGCCUGUGGUGUGCAAGGAAAAGAUUCUACCCAUGGUCUUGCCCCUGGCUGCCGACAAAAUCCCCAACAUUCGUAUUAAUGUGGCAAAGACUCUUGAGACGCUGUUGACUUCAAUGGGCAGCGAUGCCAGUACGGUCGACGCCGCCAUGCGCCCUACUUUGGAAAAGCUUGUGGCCGAUCAGGAUGUAGAUGUGCGCUACUUUGCAGAUCGGGCGCUGCAAUGUGAGUUUGCACCCUCUGAUGUAUAUUGCAACUCUUUUCGUGUUUCGUGUCUCGUGACACAGGCGCAUCGCGGACUCACGCUUUGCGGACUUUCUCAUCCACGUUAA